GCUCCAGGAAGCGCGACGCUGGCAGCGCGCUGGGCGCUAUGAGCUCGUCUCUGGGGUCUUGGGGUCCCAGCCCAGCAGGUGGGGAACAAAACAUGACAGAAAUAGAUGCCUACUAUAAAAGUGAAAUGUUUGAUCCAUCAGAGAAGUACAAAAUGGACCACAAGAGGAGAGGACUUGCUCUAAUCUUCAAUCACGAGAGAUUCUACUGGCAGUUGAUGCUGCCGGAGAGGCGAGGCACCAGUGCAGACAGAGAGAACCUUACUCGCAGGUUUUCAGAUCUAGGAUUUGAAGUGAAAUGCUUUAAUGAUCUUAAAACAGAAGAACUGAUGCUCAAAAUUCAUGAGGUGUCAACUUCCAGCCAUGUAGAUGCCGAUUGCUUUUUAUGUGUCUUCCUAAGCCACGGCGAAGGCAAUCACAUUUAUGCACAUGAUGGCAAAAUUGAUAUUCAGACACUGACUGGCUUGUUCAAAGGAGACAAGUGUAAGAGCCUGGUUGGAAAACCCAAGAUAUUUAUCAUUCAGGCGUGUCGGGGAAACCAGCAUGAUGUGCCAGUAACUCCUUUGGAUGUGGUGGAUCAUCAGACGGACAAGCUCGACAAUGUAACUGAGGUGGACGCUGCCUCCAUGUACACGCUGCCUGCUGGAGCAGACUUCCUUAUGUGCUACUCUGUUGCAGAAGGAUAUUAUUCUCAUCGAGAAACUGUGAAUGGCUCAUGGUACAUUCAAGAUCUGUGUGAGAUGCUGGGAAAAUAUGGCUCCUCCUUAGAGUUCACGGAACUCCUCACUCUGGUGAAUAGGAAGGUUUCUCAGCGCCGAGUGGACUUUUGCAAAGAUCCAAAUGCAAUUGGCAAGAAGCAGGUUCCCUGCUUUGCCUCCAUGCUAACUAAAAAGCUGCAUUUCUCUCCAAAAUCUAGUAAGUAGGAGCCACUUUGACUUACUAUAUGUAUUCUGUAUAUAUUUCCCUUUUUACAUAAAAUAGCAUCACUAAAUUGGAGAAGUUUAAAAUGUUUCCAGGCUUAAUGCCCAGUAGAGAACUGCUUUUUAAAAUUUUUAAAAAAAUCAUGUUGCACAUGGUGAAAGGGUUUGAGAAGAAAUCCUCAGGAAUUUAUUAUACAUAAAAAAAUAUUUUUUCUUUCUUAUUUUAGUAAACUGCAAGGUUACCAAUAAUAUUUAGCUGAUUUAACUUGUAUUUUGUGACUUUUUUAUAAAGGCUCAUUGCAUAAUAUUUUUGAAACCUAAGAAUUAGGUAAAUUGGUUUUCCUUGAUAAGAUACUUGAAAUUCAUGUUUUAUUAAAUUUUUCUGAGUCAUAUUCUUA